UAGAUAGUUAUUUAUACAUAUCCCCGGUUGCUUAGAUAAUUUUCCGAUAUCUUGUGCAUCACAGUAAGAAAUAAUGGCUUCAACAGAGGCCAUAAUUCAAUUCGGGAUCUUAAUCCUAACCUUAUCAUUAUGCUUCCUCAUGCAUUAUCUCCGCAACCAAAAAACCCAAUCAAAAACCCGAACCCGCAACAAAAUCCGUCAACCCGAACCAAACCGUCACAUGAAUCAAGCCUCACGCCAUCUGAACCGGGCCCGAUCCACAACAAACAAAACCCACCACGCCAAAAACGCUCUCUCAGAAGCAGAUCAAGCCCUAGCCAUCACCCCACGGGAUCCCUCCGUCCACAUUCUCCGAGCCAGAGCACUUUACAUCAUGAACCACCGCACCUCCGCCAUCAAGUCCCUCGACACAGCUCUCUCUCUUCCGGCCGCGAAGUUUCUUCCCCCGGAAGAGCGCGCCGAUUUGCUGGUUUUUAGGGCUGAAAUGAAACUCGCGGUGAAUCGGAAGCGGCGAGUUGAAUCGGCGAUGGAGGAUAUUGAAGAAGCGAUUAGAGUGAGUGGAGAGGAAAAUGAUAACUCGGAAGCUUUGUGUUUGUUGGGAAAAUGUUACGAAUGGAAAGGGAUGAGAGAAGAAGCGAAGAAUGCGUAUGAGAAGGUUCUUGAUGUUGAACCGGGUUCGGCUGAGGCUCGUAUUGGGUUGAAACGGGUAGGCCCGUAGGUUUUUUUGGUCAAGCCCGUGAAUUAUUUUUUAUCUAGCCUAUAGAGUUUUACUUUUUAUUAUUUUACUAUGCUUUUUAUUUUUAUUUUUUAUUUUGUAAAUAUGUUUACUCUUAAAAUUUGAUAAAUGUAUUUUAGUUUGAUCGAAAAUAAUUUUAAAAAAAGUAGAAUCUACUAGUUCUUUAAAA